CAGUUAUUUAUUUUGAUUGCACAGUCUCGGUGGACAGCCGUUGUAAAAUGUCUUUGAGCAAUUUGAUAAAACGUUGCACAUUAGCUGCUCCUAAUUUAAUAAGACGUAAUAUAUACACAAACCUUCCUAGGACAAGUAGCAAGGCUUAUGACCACGAUGGCAAAACGAAAAUAAACAUAUUCAAUACACAACAGGAUCUGGGAAUAAUGAUUACUGGCUACAGUCAAUACGGUUUCCGCAUGAACAACGAUAUGGUUGUUAUUGGUCCAGUGGCUGUAUUUCCCAGAUCUCUACUGUCAUGGAAUGUAGAAUCGGUUGAUGAUAUAAACGAAGAAAGUUUAUCACUAUUUACCGCCUUGGAACCAAAAUUAGAUCUACUGAUUAUAGGUAUAGGAGAUCAAACUGCUACACCUAGUUUCUCAAAAAAGAUUCUAAGUUUUAUGAAAAAGUACAAAAUUAAUGUGGAAGUUUUAAGAACGGAGCAAGCAUGUGCUACAUUUAAUUUCUUAAAUGCUGAAAAUAGAAUGGUUGCUACCGCAUUAAUACCUCCACUUCACAUAAGUUAUAAUGAAAAUGAUGUCUUGGGCACUAGUAUCCAAAGAUUUAAGCAAUCAUUUUAGAGAGAUCUUUUUAGAAUAGUUGAUUUAAGAAUAGUACAUUGUUUGUUAUAUUAAAAUGUCAAUAAAAUAAAAGCAUAAGAAGCUUACCUGAUAUAA